AUGGUGAUACAGUCCUCAUACCUCGCUAAUUCCACUGAAAGCCAUGACUGGUUUGAUGUUGACCACGAUCCGACCCAGCCAAGUGACGCUGAAAUAUGCGUUUAUGGACAGAUCGGGGCGGCUCAAAGGGCUCGUCACUGUUGGAUUUCACGCGUGGUCGAUUUGACAUCUCCCGAGUACCCUCCCGGUGUGGAGCAGGCCUGUCGACAGCACACCCAGGAACGGGGAUGGGAGGAAGAGCUUGAUGAAAAAGUCCUGUUACGUGACAUAUCGGUGAGUAUCUUUGUAGAGUCCUCCAAUCUCGCGAAUUCGAUCUCACACAAGUUUCAGCAAGCACCUGGCAAUCGUCGAUCGAUAUUUUGGCAAAAUUAUGUCAUCUUGUGUCUGCUCCUCCACGCCGACCACGCGUCUGAAGGGGUGCAGACAACUCUGGCAAUCAAUGAAGAAGACCUGCUUGAUACACUCCGGUCGGCGAUCAGCUGUUCGAAGAUACCCGCGCGACCGAAACGCGAACGGGCCCAGAUAACGUCUCUGCUUCGGGCAUUGUACACCACCGCUGGAGGGGAUAUCAAUCACUUAUACCAAGUCUCUGGGAAAUAUUCGGCGAGCGAGAACCGAGAUCUACUCGGAUCGAUCUUCGGCACUCGUGCGAGGAUCGACUUCGAAAACUAUGAUGUGGAGAAAAUGCGACAGAGGCUAUCCAAAUCUCCGAUGUUCUCCAACGUCACCCUCAGCGCUCAGAACCUAGAGGUUCUCAUCACACAGAUAAGAGGGUGUCUUUAUCUGGGAUAUCCACCGAGUCAUCUUGAUGUCCCACCCCACGUAUUAUCGGGACUCAGCACUGAGCAAGUGAACAUGUUCACAGCUUUCCGCUUCUCUACUUACCAACAAAUUCCUGCACUUGCGCAAGACAAGAAUAACAUUCUGAUGUUGUUGAUCUGGGGUCAGCAGAUGGGAAGCCAAAACUGCGAGGCCCUGCAGCAAUGGCUAGACUCAGAAGAUGCCUCGAAGCUCUAUGACGGUUUGCUCAAGGACGUACAGACGGAACAACCACUCGAGCAGCUUGUCAUCACCAUGGCAGCGUUAGUGAGCUUCCAUAGGUGGCAUCCCGACUAUGACGACGAUACACUAGAGCUGACCUACGGGAGCUUCUUGGCUGACAUGCAUGCCUGUGUGACUGGCCUGCGUCUUGAAAACAGCGGAAAGGUUAUGGAGAGGGUUGUGUUCUCUCUGAUCCGCGUUGUCCAAGAGCAGCAAUUUGAGGACCUCGCAAUUUUCCUCGCAACCACAUUGGAUCGAGACCAACCUGCCCUCCAUUAUCUCGACGGACUGACCGACGAAUAUUUUCGAUGGAGGACGGCAGGGCACUCCCACAUGAAGGGCAUGAAGAUGGCUUAUGGCAGAUUGUUCACCUUGCAGCUAUGCCCUUUGCUUGACAGUUUGUCCAUCAGCACAGACCCGACUGGAGCAGUCUCAAGGUAUUUCCUACGAUCCCCGUCGCCUAAACUUGCUCACGUUCGCAGGCUCGGCGAAUGCUUUACCAGUGCAAAUCCCGCUCAGUGGCACGAUUCUGUCCUGGAUUGCUACAAAUAUGUUCGGAUCAGGGGCAUCAUUUCCACGGACGCCACCAUCUUAGUGUCUUUACUUCGAAGCAAAUUCAAAGACUUGCAGAUUCCGAGCAUCGAGCGCCUCUCGGACGGGUCAUGGGAAAUCGUCGUCCGGAAGGCCACUGCCCCCCUUGUCGCGGAUGUAAUUCGCGGCCGAUUUCCUGCAUCCGACAUCGACAUGUUUCACAACCCACUUGAGCCAACGACCGAGGACUUGGACGGAUGGACGCAUGUCAAUGCCGCACGGCUCAACUGUCACUGGUACAUAGGGAGGGCCUUGAGAAUCAUUGGAAACGGCAUGAUGGUCAAUGGUAUGACGCUAGCCGCUCGCAUCUACCUUUACCAUCUGAGCAAGCUGAUCCACCGCUUCGGUUUGGAUCAGCACGCGCCGUGA